AUGGGGAAGGACUGUCUGGUGGAGCUGGGGCUGAGCGGGAAUGGCCACGGCGGGCCUGGCAGGGCCAUCCCGGGGGAACAGCAGCGGCUGCUCGAGCUCCGCUGCACCCCAGGGCAGUUUGCGUGUCGAAGUGGUACCAUCCAGUGCAUCCCUUCAAACUGGCAGUGUGAUGGGUGGCCCACCUGUGAGGAUGAGAGUGAUGAAGUUGACUGUCCAGGCUUGACAGGGGACCAGCGAACUUACCAUGGGAAGGAGAAUGUGGACUCCAGGCACAGUCGAGGAAGAGGAGGAGAGACAACCCGCUUCCACACUGUCAACGUGGCACAGCCUGUCCGAUUUAGCAGAAAGUGCCCAACAGGGUGGCACCACUACGAGGGCACAGCCAGCUGUUACAGGGUGUAUUUAAAUGGGGAGAACUACUGGGACGCUGUGCAGACAUGUCAGCGGGUGAAUGGAUCCCUUGCCACCUUCACUGCAGACCAGGAGCUGAGGUUCAUCCUGGCACAGGAGUGGGACUUGGAAGAAAAAACAUUUGUAAGGAAGGACCAGCGUAGGUUCUGGGUUGGGUACCAAUAUGUGAUCACCAAUCGAAAUCACUCUCUAGAAGGUCACUGGGAAGUAGCUUACAAAGGCUCUUCAGAAGUCUUUCUACCCCCUGACCCUAUCUUUGGGACUGCUAUGUCUGAAAAUGAAAACGUUCUUUGUGCCCAGCUUCAGUGUUUCCAUUUUCCUACCCUCCGGCACCACGGUUUGCACAGCUGGUAUGCUGAAAACUGCUAUGAGAAAUCUUCAUUCCUCUGCAAAAGGAGCCAGACUUGCGUUGAUAUCAAAGACAACAUUGUGGAUGAAGGCUACUAUUUCACCCCAAAGGGGAAUGAUCCCUGUUUGAGCUGCACGUGUCACAACGGUGAACCCGAGAUGUGUGUGGCUGCCCUGUGUGAGCGGCCCCAGGGCUGCCAGCAGUACCGCAAGGACCCCAAGGAGUGCUGCAAAUUCACCUGCUUGGACCCAGAUGGCAACAGUUUGUUUGACUCGAUGGCGGGUGGCAUGCGGCUGAUCGUCAGCUGCAUCUCCUCCUUCCUCAUCCUCUCCCUGCUGCUUUUUAUGGUCCAUCGGCUGCGCCAGAGGCGGAGGGAGCGCAUCGAGUCCUUGAUUGGGGCAAACUUGCACCAUUUUAACCUGGGCCGCAGGAUGCCUGGUUUUGAUUAUGGUCCUGAUGGUUUUGGAACUGGCCUUACUCCACUGCAUCUCUCAGAUGAUGGGGAAGGUGGGGCAUUUCAUUUCCAUGAUCCACCUCCACCAUAUACUGCUUACAAGUAUCCAGAUAUUCAACACCCAGAUGACCCACCUCCUCCUUAUGAGGCUUCUGUCAAUCCAGACAGCAUCCUUUGUUCCACUCCAGACAGAGUUCUCCCUCAGACUGUGCAAAGCAGUCCUCCAUCACUAGGAAACUGUGAUGUAUCCCCACAGCUUACAGAGGGGUCGCUUCCUCCCUCAGUUGGUCCUUCUCCAGUGGAGCUGGAAGACUCUGCUGACAGCAGCACCUUUCUGGUCCCUCCUGACACACCCCUCAACGAAAACGCGCCGGCAGAAACUCUGGCGGGCAGCCGGCCCAGCCACUGCUCCCUCAACACCAUCGUGUGA